CUUCUCCGAGCGAGGCUAAACAAAAACACGGACAGACUCGACGUUGGUGGUGUUACUUGUUUAUUCGUCGCGGAGCGCGACACGGUGUUUGCUGUCUGCUUACAUUCCUUGCACCCCCCACACCCUGACACGUGACUGCCCCAGCACCAGGCCAGGACACCCGACCUCACCACCUCACCAUGGAAGACGUGAACUUACAGAAAGAACCACUCAUGCCUGGUAACCCUAACUCACCCCCACCUUCCUAUGCCGACGUCAGCGGAACAUCGGGAGAACCGGGUGGACAGCCGCCAGUUGGAUACCCUGGACAGCCUUACGCUCCACAGCACCCUUACACUUACAUGCAGGGCUACCAGUAUCCGCCAGGCCAGGCCCCACCCGAAGGAGUAAAGCACCCCGAGGGUAUACCUUUGACAAGUCCCUACCCACAAGGACCAUGUCCGUAUCCACAGGGUGGACCAGGUCCUUACAUACCUGGACAGUACCCGCAGGGACCUUAUCCUCCGGGCCAGUAUGGACAGGGGCAGUAUCCAGCUGGUCCUCCGUCGGGAGCCGUUGUGGUGCAGCAGCCGUCAGGGGCAGCGAUCCUGGUGACACAGAGACAGCCUCCUGACAACCUCAUUCUGUCUGUUCUGGCCUGCCUCCUCUGCUUCUGUCCCAUCGGCAUGGUGGCUGUCAUGUAUUCUUGUCGGGCCAAAAGCGCCAACGAAGUGCUGGACUUCCAGGCGGCCAGCCGCUAUGGCAGCAAAGCCAAGAAGCUUGCCAUCGCCAGCAUCGUCGUCGGUGUCAUCCUUGUCAUCAUCUCCGUGCUCCUGCGUGUUAUUUUCUCUAUGACAUAUUCUCAUUAAUUCCUAGGAUUGAUGUCUGCUCGGUGCUGGAUGUCCUGUAUCGUCAUGGAACCCUCGAGUAACCUUGUAAUCUCGACUUUCCGCAACAUUAUUACGCUCAACUCCCUCGGCCGGCCGGCAGUUACGACUUGACUGUUUGUAUGCGUUGUUUGUAGUAAGAUUUACUACUUCCGCUUUUUAAAAAAAAAAAGAAAAAAAAAAACCUUCUGGAAGAUGACGUCACGCGUUACAGGCCUUACCAGUCAGUGGCAGCUGAAGUAGUUACUGUGUAUGAACUGCCGCACUUGAGGAUGUAAAAAGCACUCAUGCAUGAAUACUUACCUGGCACAACUUAGGUUGACAUGGGUGCUUUGUAUAUUUUGAGGAGACUGGUUUCAAUAAGACAAUGUUGUGGUAGACCAAGAAAAUGCCUGGAAGAAGCAGUUUUGUUGGGAGGAAAAGGACCCGCAGAAGACAGCACUCCCACAUGUACCUCCACCUUAACGGGGGUCAACGUCAGGUCACGGAUGGAAGGCCUUACUUCGCCUGACUUCAUCACACACAGCUUAUCAGAUAUAACUUUUGAUAAGACUCGUAUUUCGGUUACAAAUUAUACACAAAAAGACGUGGAGGGGAGCGGGUAGCAAGAGUGGGGUUAGGAUGCGGGAAAAGUAUGAAGCAGACGUUUAUUUCUCCUGUCUCUCCAUUGACAGAAUGUGUUUACAACUGCUCGUCUCCCUGCGAUCCAUUUUUCAGCCAUUUUUGUUUUUUUGUCAGACUUCACCUGCAAAUGAAUCUCAUUUAUUUUUGACGAAUUUUCACACACACAAAUAAACAGAGAGAGAAAGAUAGUGUGUGUAUUAACUGUUACCAUCGUUGAUAUCGUUUUUCCUUCCUUUGCACUAGUCCUAGACGAUAGACAAGAAAUGGAACUGAAGAUGGGGAGAAAACAAGAAAAAUUACUAACCGCUUGAUCGCUUUGUCAUAAUUUGUAACCUUUUCCCACUAGCAGCAGUUAUUUCUCUUCCACAAAUCGUUUCCAGAGACGGAUGAUCUCUGGCUGUAGACAGACUUUCCUUUAGAAGGAGCUUCUCUUGUUGUAGACUACUUCUUCUCUAGACAGCAGCUUUCUAGGUGCAACCUGUUUCUUCUGGACAAGAAAUCUCUAACUGUCGGAGUUGUUUUUUCUGAUUUUUAUACUCGAUUUAGACAGCUUGUUUGCUAUAGAGGGAAAUUAUCUAGCUGUAGACAGACACUUUCCUUGGAGUAGACAUUGUCUUUCCUGUAGACAGACACUUUCCUUGGAGUAGACAUUGUCUUUCCUGUAGACAGGACUUUCUAUCUGUAGAAAGUCGCCUUCUUGAUGAAGACAUACUGUAACUUACUGCGAAGAUAAAAAAUGUGUAUCAGGUAAAGUGUAUGUUCCAUUUUAAAGCUGUCGUCCAAUUAAAUGUUUUCCUUCUUCCACUCUACAUUAACAAGAUUUUUUUAGUUUUCUGUGGAUUGUCCGCCAACUGAACUUUUCCAAAAACUUUACUUAACUGUCGCCCUGGCCGGCAAACUGCAAUGUUUGUUUAUGCAUUACUGAAAUUCUUGCAGUACUUGAUUGAGCAAAUGGAGAUUGUGGACAAGGGGAAUUGGAGGUGGAGGUUUAGUUUUUGCAUUUUUAUUGGACAAGUCAGUUCCGAUGUACUGUUGAAGUUGUAUUCAUGCCCGGUUUUUCCAUAAUUUAUUUACAUUAACGAUGUAACAGUGGUCACAUGUUGUGUUAAUCACUUGCCUUCACACGAAUGUUGUCAUAAGGUGAAUCAAUGUUCACUUUGUUAAUUAAAUCAUAUUAAUUCUUCUCUCAUCAUCAACACACUAUCAACGUAGUUUUGUCUUAGAAACCAUAAUGAUCAUUCUCACAACCCGGCCACUAAGCACAGGUCUGAAAAUAUUUUGUUCUUUAAGAAUAAUUUUGUCGUCGCUUUUCUUUCUAUGUUUGAUAUUAUUUCUUUGAUUAUUUGCUUCUUUACUGGUAAACGUCUCGUGAGAAGCCAAUGUAUAUUAUUUGUGUACACUACUGUGUUUUGAACGAUGCCUAUGCACAAAGGUUCACUCAUCUCAACUUUCUUUUGGGCGUUGACAGACUGAAAGCGAAACAUUAUGUCGUCUGCUGUUAAGGCUAAACGGCUGUGACAAACGUUUUGAGAAAGUGCGUUGCAAAAAGGUCACUUCCGCAAUUUUUGGCAGUAAUUCUGGGGAGGAACAUUGCCGUCUGUGGUUGAAUCCAAGAUUUUUGUGAUGAUGUUUAAACCACUUUGUAAUGUUAUGGUGUUAUUAUCUGUUAUGUGCAAAAUGUAAUUAAGUUGAUUGAAUAUUACCCUGACGACCAAUGGUGAUGUUAUUUUGCAAUUGUUUUAGUGAAAACAGUCGAUGUAGUAAGAAGCAACUGUAAUAGCAGCGAUGUGGAUGAUGAUGAUGACUAAUGUGAUAUUAUUAUGUUUACGUUUUUAAACGCGAAAGUGUGUUUUUAUGAAUUUAUGAUCGCCUUCAUUGAGAAUACAAGCGUUUCAAUAAAACAUGAUUGUUUAGCAACAUUUGAAGCAAGUUAACGCUUACGAGGUGAACUUGCACAUUGAAGCCAAUAAAAUAGCAUCAAAACAUCA